AGAGGACACCGGGCGUCCCUUGCACUCACUGAGAAGCCUUGUAUUCUUGCACCUGACUGCCUGGGACCUUCCUCAGGCAGGAAACAAAUACAUAAAGCAGGGCUAAGACCACAUCAGUAUGUCGAAGCAGCCAGUUUCCAAUGUCAGAGCCAUCCAGGCAAAUAUCAAUAUUCCGAUGGGAGCCUUUCGGCCAGGAGCUGGGCAACCCCCCAGAAAAAAAGAAUGUACCCCAGAAACAGAGGAGGCUGUUCUUCCUACUUCAGAUGAGGAGAAGAAGCCAAUUCCAGGAGCAAAGAAACUCCCAGGACCUGCGGUCAACCUAUCGGAGAUCCAGAACAUUAAAAGUGAACUGAAGUACGUCCCCAGAGCUGAACAGUAGUUGGAAGAAAAAAAGGCUUGAUGUGAAGAAUUGAAGAGUAAGAGAAUGGAUUCAAAUUAAAGUAGCUCACUAAAAAUUUUAUAUAUUUGUAUGAAGAUUAUGUACCUCCGGAAUGCCUGAGACUCUAGCAGAAAUGUCCCAUUUGUACAUUUAUAUCUCUUCCUUCUAGUUGGCUGCACUACUUGUUUUAUCUUCAUGUUUGGCAGCUUGCAGAGCCAGUCAGCUCAAGAACUCACUGCCUGGAGGGUGUGGUUUUUGAGGAGGGAUAUGAUUUUCUGGAGAAGGAUAUGGCAAUAGGCAUAUGGCAAUAACAGUGAUUUUGAUAGAGAGUUCUCUAAGCUACUUCGCACACUAUUUUGGUCAAUAUUUGGAAUUGUAUUUUAGUUCUUCACCUUCUGAAUUAUGUCAAUAAACUUUUUAUGAGUUCAAAUAAAUAUGUGAGUAAAC